AUGGAGGACAGUCCUCUGCAUUCUGCGCUCAAAUGGAAAAAUUACGACUUGGUAAAUGUCUAUGGAAAUUUUCAUUUUCAUUGCAACUUACAUGGUAGAACGACAACAGGUGACCCGAUAUUUUUGCACAAUCCACCAUUGGCUAGCUUAACUUUAAGUCAAUCGCCUUUCUACUUGAUGAUGAAUGAAUUAAACACCGAUUUGAAUAGCAGCAUUAGUGGUGACGGUGGCAGAAUUAGUGGUGGUUGUAGUGAUGGUGAUUUAAUGGCAAUAUUUCAAGGUAUAAAAAAAGGAGUGAAAAUAUCAGAAAUUAAAGAAGUUUGA